GUUUCCACUUUCGAAAAAGAAACCACCAUGAAGCUGUUCGCGUUUUGCGUAAUUUUGACUCUGGCGGCUGCCCAGCCUGCGAAGAACGACCUCUGGAAGGGUAGCAGCAUGGACCAGAUGGUCGACCAGACGAAGAUCGAGUGCUCGCAGAAGAACGACGAGGUUUCCUGCAUGAAGUUCAAGGUUCUGAAUCUCCUCGACCAGAUCUUCCGCAAAGACAGCUUCAAGGUGUCCGAAACCGUGGAGGUGACUCGCAACUCGUACCCCGUCGAAGAAGUCUCCGGCCGCGGCGAGGCCUCAUUCUUGGACAACUUGCAGACCUAUCUGACCUCUCACGAUGUGACCUUCAAGCUGCCGAUGGAAUCCUCGGUGAAGGUGAGCGCCAGGAACAUCGACGACGAUCAGCUCACCUUCGACGUCAAGUUCGGCCAGGGUCGCGCCGUCGAGGAGGCUCGUAAAUCCAAGCUGAAGAAGGUCGUCAUUCCCAUCCUUGUGUUCGUCCUCCUGAAGGCGAUGACUCUGAUCCCUCUCGCGAUCGGUGUCCUCGGUCUCAAGGCCUGGAACGCUCUUCAGCUCUCGUUCUUCAGUUUCAUCGUCUCCGUGGGAAUGGCGAUCUUCCAAUUGUGCAAGAAAAUAGCUGCCGACAGUCACAGCGCACCAUUGGCCGCUCACGGUCCAUGGGAGUACCAAGCUCAGUACAGAUCCCUUCAAGACGACCUGCAGCAGCCAUCGGCGAUGUUCGCUCAGGAUCUCGCAUACGCCGCGCAUGCACAAUCCUAAACUGAU